AGGAUACCAUUGAGUAGUGUCGUCUGUAGACGAACUCGUUUGUGGUGAGGUUGUUCAUAUUUCGUGUUGCCACUUGUAAUUUAAAUUGCAGUUUUAACGUUACGCCCUGCAGAAAGAAUUGUACAAACAUGAAGAUUUGGACGUCGUAUCACACAUUUGAGCAUCCAUGGGAAACUGUGGUAAAAGCAGCAUCCAGAAAAUAUCCCAAUCCUGUGAACACAUGCGUUUUGGGUACGGAUGUCAUCGACAGACGAGUUAAAGACGGUGUUCUGUUCUCGCAUAGAUUAGUCACUACUGAAUGGCGUUUACCUGGAUGGAUAGCACCAUUGUUCGGUCAUAGGGGUCCGUGUUACGCCAGUGAAUGGAGCGAAAUUAAUCCAACGUCUAGGGAAAUGGUGGUGAAAACAGUGAACGUGAGUCUGGGAAAACAUGUCUCUGUCGGCGAAGAAGUUAGGUAUAUGCCUGACCCGGAAGAUUCCCAGAAAACUCUGUUAAAGCAACAGGCAAUCAUCUCUAUCUCCGGUGUACCGCUCAUUGAUUACAUGGAGAGGCUAUUGACGAAUACGAUCGAACAAAACGCCAAGAAGGGACGACUGGCGAUGGAAUGGGUUAUCGAGAAAAUUCACGGAGACAUGAAAGACAUUGCGUCCACUGCGGCAAAGUCAACGGACGAUUUACUCAAUCAGACGCGUCGUCAGAUCGAUGAUAUUACACACAUCACGAAGAAAGGAAUGGACGAUUUUCAGAAUGUAGCGAAACAAUCGCUCGAUGGCAUUCAGAAUUUAACAGUGCCCCCUUCUCCGCAAUCGAUACCAAAAUUAUAGCUAAUUUAUCACGUUAGCUUCGAUCUCUUUAACUAAUGUUGAGAAGAACUUUGGUGGAACGAUUGGGAUCAGAAUAAAGACAUUAACGGGAUCGAUGAUCUCCGACGUACGUACGGGAGGAAUCGAAUACAUUAAUUUUAUGAUCGAAAUAAAUGUAGAAUUGCUAUAUCAUAAUGUCUGACUCAAAACUGACUAUGCUAGCUUAUUGCAUUUAAUAAAGUGUGAUCAGCCAACAGAAAGUGUUAAAUCGUACAAGGUCUUUCGUAUAUUCGAUAAGUUUCUGACGAGCAUAGAAAUGGCGAUCAAAUAUGUAAUAUCCUUAAAACGAAAAAAUUGAGGUACAUGAAGGUAACAAGCGGACCAGUAGAAAUAGAAACGCGCGUUUGUCCAUCAUUUUUACAUACGAAUGAAAACAAAACUUGAGCGUAGCCGAUCGUUCCGUUGAAGUCGCUUUAGCAAAAGAGACGUAGCUAUAGUGAGCAAUUAUAAAACGGUUAAAGCGGUACGGAAGACAUCGAUUCAAUACCAACAUUCUGCUAUGAAAGAAACAAUUUCCAGCAACAAGUUUGCAAACGUUAGAGGAAACAUUUUAAUAAGAGAAACGGAGAAAUUACAUGCCAGUAUAAUAUUUACAAGAUAUAUGUUCCUGUUCUUCGCUAGAUUCAAUAGCACCAAUCAAUGGAGCGUCUAUUUUUUAGUUUCACACGAGCUUGAACACUACAUUUCUCAAUGUGUUGCGCACUCAAAGGAAUUUAAAAUUCUUCGAAUCACUCUAUGUUUACCUCGUGUCUCGUAUCAAGCUUACGUUUGAUUAUAUUAGAAUUAGAAUUGAUCAUGCUGCUGUUAAUCGAGCAAGCCCGUUAAAAUGUAUCGAUUACUUUACACGUAUGGCUUGCGCAGCAUCCUUAGCGAUAGGUAAUUGAAUUAGCCGAUAAAUGUCAUUUAAAUUAUUACAUGUGAAUGAAGAAUAACAAAUCUCCCUAAAGUUACGUAGAAGUUAGCGCAUAUUUUGUAACGUUAACUAAAGGAAUCGUUGCUUCAGCUUUGUUCGUCUACUUUGGCAUUGAUAAAUCUGUAAAUAAAUAUGAAACCACAGAGUCAAAUAUAUGUGAAUUUU